CCCAAACUCGGGUACCGACGCGGAUAUACUCGGAGGCGCGACUGGGAGGUGGCCAGGGAGUCGUGGAGGCGAGCUUCCCGGGCCCGCGAACCCGCGCGGCGCCAUGGGCCGGAUCACGGAAGAUCUUAUUAGACGGAACGCCGAGCACAAUGACUGUAUCAUUUUUUCCCUGGAGGAACUCUCUUUGCAUCAGCAAGAAAUAGAAAGACUAGAGCAUAUUGACAAAUGGUGCCGGGAUUUAAAAAUUCUCUAUCUUCAGAAUAACUUCAUUGGAAAAAUUGAAAAUGUUAGCAAACUCAAGAAACUUGAAUAUUUGAAUUUAGCCUUAAACAACAUUGAAAAAAUUGAAAAUUUGGAAGGAUGUGAAGGGCUGACAAAGCUUGACCUGACGGUCAAUUUCAUCGGCGAGCUGAGCAGCGUGAAAACCCUCCAACACAACAUCCACCUGAAGGAGCUCUUCCUCAUGGGAAACCCCUGUGCCGACUUCGACGGCUACAGGGACUUCGUGGUGGCCACGCUUCAGCAACUGAAGUGGUUGGAUGGUAAAGAAAUUGAGCGUUCGGAAAGGAUUCAGGCAUUGCAGAACUUUCCAGCAGUUGAGCAGCAAAUCAGAGAGCAGGAGAAAGCUUAUUGCCUCACACGAGCCAAGGACAAGGAAGAGACUCAGAGGAAACUGCAAGAGGAGGAAAACGAAGGCAAGGGGAGCAGCCACACCGACUCUGAUGGAUGCUGGUUCACAGACAUCAGCACCACGCUUCUGUCUUCUGAAGAGAACAAAGACCACAUCCAGGCACCACAAAUACCAGAAGGGGAAUGCAAGAAGAAGAAAUCAGACAGCAGUGAAGAUGACCUGGAAUUCUGGAACAAGCCCUCGCUGUACACUCCCGAAUCUAGAUUGGAAACUCUUAGACAUAUGGAAAAACAACGAAAAGACCAAGAAAAAUUGAGUGGAAAAAAGAAGAAGGUGAAACCACCCAGGGUUUUGAUCACAGAAGACGGGAGAGCCCUGAACGUAAAUGAGCCAAAACUUGACUUCUCUUUGAAAGAUGAUGAAAAACGUAACCAGAUCGUCCUGGACCUCGCCGUGUAUAGGUACAUGGACACCUCUUUAAUCGAUGUCGAUGUACAGCCAACAUACGUGCGAGUCACGGUCAAAGGAAAGCCAUUUCAGCUCGUGCUCCCUGCAGAAGUCAAACCUGACAGCAGCUCUGCUCAAAGAUCGCAGACAACAGGGCACCUGGUCGUCUGCAUGCCCAAGGUGGGUGAGGUGAUCACAGGCUGUCAAGGAACGUCGCCGUCUGUGAAGAGCGCACGGGACCUCGGCAGAGCGCAGACACACCGAAGAAGCCAGCAAGUUGAGAGACUAGAGGUCGAUCCCAGCAAGCAUUCCUUCCCUGACGUGGCUAACAUCGUCCAAGAGGAAAGACACACACCCAGAAGAGUUCAGUCUGAACCCAAAAGAAUACCAGGCGAGGAAGAUCCAGGCUUUGAAGAUAAUCCCGAAGUGCCUCCGUUGAUCUGAAACUUCAGGCUGUGCUGACCCACCAAAAUCUUUCCCAGGUUUGCUCAGUGCCAAGAGUGUGUGUAUAUGGUUUAUGGGGUAAACACAGUUACUUUUCAAUAUCACUACUCCUGUGCUUUAGCUUCUCCUCUGUGCAGUCAUGCACUCAACCUAGUUUAAAAUUAAAAUGUAUGCCUUCAGAGUGCUGUGACAUCAUUCGUCUGUCAUAAAGUGUUGGCUGGAGAAAGUGCUCAGUAAAUCACAGAACUGUUACAGAAACGUGCCGAUUAUAAAUCCCAGAAGUGCCUGCUUGUGCAGAUGGGUGAGGUCAUGGAUUAAAGGAGUGAUUCUUAAACUGGGACUUCUGGAAUUCCCAUUAGGGCUCAGCGGGUUAAGAACUCAACGUAAU